AUGGAAGGAGUCGACUUUCAUGACACGUUGGCCCCAGUUGCUAAACUCGUCAUUGUUCGUGUUUUGCUUACCAUAGUUGUCAAGCGUGACUGGAUCAUAUCCCAAUUAGAUGUCAACAAUCCAUUUCUGCAUGGCGGUCUCGAUGAAGACAUUUAUAUGAAAAUACCACAAGUCUUCAGAAAAGAUAAUGAGACACAUGUAUUCUCAUGCUGCAAAGACGGAGAUAUCUUUGUGGCAGCACUCAUCUAUGUUGACAAUGUUAUCAUUGUGGGGAAUGAUAGAAAGAAGAUAGAAGAUACGAAGUCAUGCCUUGACAAGAAUUUUAGUAUUAAAGACCUUGGAACUUUGAAAUACUUCUUGGGAAUUGAAGUAGCUCGCACAAAUGAAGGGCUAGUACUCAGUCAACGUAAAUACACCAUUGAUGUGCUCGAAAAUUCUUGCAUGCUUGGCUGUUGGCCUAGUCGGUUUCCUAUGGAACAAAAUUUGAAGCUCGAUAAAGGAGAUGAUGCUGACAAGGUAGAUGCAAGCACCUAUCGACGCCUUGUUGGUAGGCUUCUCUAUCUCCAAGCCACUAGGCCCGACAUAACUUACAUAGUGAACGUGCUUAGUCAGUUUGUUUCUGAUCCUCGUCAAAACCAUUGCGAUGCAGCCAUGCGAGUACUUCGAUAUCUGAAAAACACCUUGGGGAAAGGCAUACUUUUACCAAAGGAAGGAGACGUUAAGCUCACUGCCUACAUUGACUCUGAUCGGUUGGGAUGCCCCUUCUCACAGAGAUCACGGACAGACUAUUUGUUGAUCUUAGGGGGUGCUCCAAUCUCUUGGAAAUCUAAGAAACAAUCUGUUGUUUCACGCUCCUCCGCUGAAGCAGAAUACCGUGCAAUGGCUGUCACGGUUAGUGAAAUACUCUGGAUUCGUUGGUUGUUGGCUGAUUUCGACAUUGUUUUGGACAAACCCACUCCCCUUUUGUGUGAUAAUGAAUCUGCUCGUCACAUUGCACACAAUCCUGUUUUCCACGAACGUACAAAGCACGUGGAAAUGGACUGUUACUUUGUUAAGGAACGAGUUUAG